UCCAUCCUUUUCACUCCCCCACUUCUUUCCAUUUCAUUUACGCGUCUUUGUAAUUGGAUUACUCACUUUCUCGUUUCCUCAACCACUCUAACCCUUCUUCUUUCUUUAAUCAUUUCUUUUUUUCUUCCUUUGUAUUUAGCUUUUUUCAUCUUCCACACGCAAUCUCCUCUUCCUUUCUUCGUUAUUUCCUUUCCUUUCCUUUCCUUAAUACCCCAUCUUAUUUAACUCUAUUUCUCUCUUUCCCACUUCUUCAUUUUCUCAUUACACUUGUUUCCACUUCUCUUUUCUUCAUUUUUUCCAUCUGGGUUUUCUUCUUCUUCUUCUGAGUUUUCGGGUGUUUUCUGAGUUUGCUUUGUUUAGACAUGGAGAAUAACCCCCAAUCGUUCAGGCAAUUCAGCGAUCAGCUUCGGGUGCAAACUGGGAAUCUCGCCAACCUAUCGCUUAACGAUUCUAUCUGGAGCAAUUCGUAUGUCUCGAAGAGGCCUGAGGAGAGGAGGAAUUUCGAUGUAAGGAAUGGUGGAGAGGUAAAUUCUUUGAAUAAUUUUAAGCCUAAAGUCUCUGAUUCUGAUGUUAAUCGGUUCAAUGAUGGAUGGAAUAGUUUUAAGCCGAGUGUUGCUUCUGAUCUUAAUAACUGGAGUAAUACCAGCAAUAGUAUGAAUUUGAGUUCAACUGGGUAUGAAAAGAAUGCACUCAAUGUGUUUGAUAAUGGGUGGAAUAGUUUCAAGUCAAAGGGGUCUGAUUUUAAUGCCUUCAAUGAUGGUUGGAAGCUUAAUUCUGCUAAUAUGGGGGUGGAUCCUGUGAUUGGAGGUGCUCAAAAGGGUAUUAAUGGAGGCUUUAACAAAGGGGUUUACUCGAAAAUUGGGAAUUUUAACAGUAACAGUUUUGUAAAUCUGAAGAACUACAAGAACAGUGGGAAGGUUGAAGAAGAAAAAGGAGGAAAGACUGGGAAGAAGAACAGUAACAAGAACAACAGCGGUGAAAACAACAAUGAUAACAAGGAAGCUAAUAAGAAUGCUUUGGACAAGAGGUUCAAGACCCUUCCCCCAUCUGAGUCUUUGCCCAGAAAUGAAACAAUUGGUGGAUAUAUCUUUGUCUGUAACAAUGAUACUAUGCAAGAGAAUCUCAAGAGGCAGCUUUUUGGUUUACCUCCAAGAUACAGAGAUUCAGUCAGGGCCAUAACUCCUGGGUUGCCUAUUUUCCUUUAUAACUAUUCUACCCAUCAACUCCAUGGAAUCUUUGAGGCUGCAAGCUUUGGAGGAACAAACAUUGAUCCAACUGCCUGGGAAGACAAGAAAACUCCUGGCGAAUCUCGUUUCCCGGCACAGGUAAGAAUUGUGACUAGGAAGAUAUGCGAUCCUCUGGAAGAGGACUCUUUUAGACCAAUUCUUCACCAUUACGAUGGCCCCAAGUUUCGGCUUGAACUCAACAUUCCAGAGGCACUUUCUCUGCUGGAUAUAUUUGGAGAACAAUCCUCUUGAACACUAGAACGUGCUCAUACACUAGACAGAGACGUAUACAACAUAAGUACACAAAACAAUCGAUAGUAUGGCCAACGAACGACUACAACAACGGUUAAAGAGAAUGCAUUGGUGAGUUUUGGGAGUUUGGAAGAAUCAUCAUCAUCAACAUGUCCUUUUAAGCUAUAAAUAUGUUUGUUCUUUGUCUGGUGUUGGCUAAUGUGAAUGAAAAAGUGGUUCACAAACAGUACUUUGGAAGUUAAUGUAACAAUAAAUGAACAUAUAUUGUAAUGUUUUAUGUUCUGGAUACUGUAUGGUUAUUACAUUAUAGGAGAUGAACUUAUGUUCGUCCUAAAAGUUUAAACCUGAAAUGGAAUAACAGAACAAUGAUGAAUGGAGUAUUGAAUUGCGUUACA